GAGCACUUGGACAGACGAGAGACACCAGCGGAUUAGAUAGUUACUUAGAAAUGGUUGUGGCCGGAAAACUUGUUCUGCUUCUAGUUGUGGCUUGGCUGGGCGCGCUGACAAUGGGCGACACCCCUUGCGGCCGCCUGGAGGAGCGAGUGCUCUACACCAUGGACGAAAGAACAGAGCCUUCGGAGUAUCCCUGGAUAGGGGUGCUGCUGCAGAGUCAGGGUAAUGGCUAUACAAACACACGAUGCACUGUGGUCAUAGUGAAUCAGCAGCAUGUCCUGACCACCGCCUCGUGCGUGAAGCGAUUUAAGAACCGGACGGGCAAUGUGAGCGCCGUCGUGAUGCUGGGCGUGUGGAAUGAGAGCCACUCACCCGACGAGGAGUUCGCCUGCAACAACAGGGGCUUCUGUGUGCCCGGGCCCAAGCUGUACAACGUGGCCGAGAUCAAGGUGCAUCCCGAUGCGGACAAGGACACGGGCGACAACGACAUGGCCAUCCUGCGUCUUGUGGAGCCCAUCGAGUGGACAAACUACAUCCAACCCAUUUGCAUGGAGGGCAACGCGGAGCCAGAGUCGCUGAUCAAUCGCAACCUGCACUUUUCGGGCUUCACACACACCGACAACAUCAAGGGCAAGGGUCUGGCCAUGACGGUCUCCCGUCAGAAGUGCAAGCAACUGACCUCCGCCUCGACCCUGCCGCCGGAGAACCAGCUCUGCGCCUUUCCCGUGAAGCGCACAAAGUUCUACGAGGGCUCGGCCCUGAUGGACAUCAGCGUGGAGCGGAAUGUGCCGCACAGCUUCUAUGUUGUGGCCCUGCUGGCCAGGGUGAUGAACGUGGGUGUGGUGACCACCCAUGUCUACCAGGAUCUGCGGCGCGCUCGUCCCUGGAUAAUGGAGAAUACUGCCACAAAGUAGUACCCUCCAUCCCCGCACUACAGUUGGGCUUACAGAACCUGUUUAGGCGUAUUUCCUAUAUGUUUUCAAUAAAUAUGCAUUGCAUUGAUGGAA